AUGAAGGCCAAUGCAAGCGGAAGUGAAGGACUCUCGAGGUCAACUCGCAUGCUUAUGUUGAGUGGUUACGGUAGCGAAGCAGCGCAGGUCGUGGACUUGGACAUGCGUUCGUUAGAAGCGGAUCAAACCCGGGUUGCGAACGGGAUGCCGGAGGCGGGGCGCAUCGUUGAAGGGAGUGCCGACCAAGGGUUUGGUGAAGACGAAGAAACGCUCGGUGUCAUAAUGCAUUCCUGCUUCCUGUGGCCGGAUGGCGCAGACCGGGAACCAACAGAUGUGUUGCCUAUCAGAGACACGCAGCAUCGGGAGUGUAUGGACCGUCUGGAAACCAUGUUGAAGGCGAGAGUGAGGUCCCGGCUUAAUCCAGACAGGGCGCCGGGGCGUGCAAAGUGUGUUAGCAUCAACUCGGAUCACUGCCUCUGGCGGUGGGCCCGAGUGGCGGGGUUGUUGUAUGAACGACUGGAUCGGGACAGGAUUUUAAAGCUGUUGAAUUGGGUUGAGGAGCGCAUUGGUCGGCCCGCCGGAAUAACUAACCCAUGGUUCUUGGCGAAGCUUCUACAAACUUUCCUGCGUCAUUCUUCCGCUGCCGCCUGGAUGAGAAGGCUGCAUGUUCGGAUUGACGCCGGGGUCUGCAGCAGCGUGCGCCUUUACGAGGAAAAUGUAGGCCGCCGCUUCACGGGACUACCCCCCAUGGAAGACUCGGCCAUAACUCUAGUGGGUGCGGUUUCACAACUCUUUCACCUCUUCCUGUGGGCCAAACAAACCAGGACCCAUAAACCGGCCGUAUACAAAGCCGUACAGGAACGCCAGCUGCAAUGGACAGAUAAACUCGGCAUCGAACUCUCCGCCUUCUUGUACCGCGCAUUCGGAGAACAACGCUUCCGCUACCUAGCUCAAGCCGCCCGCCGGCUUUUUCCCUGCAGGAAAUUCCUCUCCGACCCUGCUGUACUCUCUUGCUUACUACGAGUCCUUGCCAUCUAUCGGCCCAAAACAAUCAAGCACUUUUGCAAAGGCCUCAAAUUCCCCUACCACAAAUAUCACAAAACCUUGCGAGUGCAUGUUCUUACCGAAGGAGACGACUUUUUCGGACGCCUCAGCCGCCUUCUACCCGUGACUGAUGAAGCGGCCACCGUGGCUAAACCUCCCGUGGCUAAACCUCCCGUGGUUGUCGCUCCACCUCCCGUCGCCAGAUCUGCCGUGGCUCCACCUCCCGUCGCCAGAUCUGCCGUGGCUCCCCCUCCCGUGGCUCUACCUCCCGUGGCUCCACCUGCCGUGGCUCUACCUCCCAUGGCUCCCCAGAAGGUGUGGCUACCAGACCCAUCCGACUUGCCGCCCGCCACCGUGACUCUGACGCCCGUUUCACAUCAAGCUGCGUGGAACUCCGCGAUCCAACACGCCCUGGCACUCCACGCCUUAGUUUUGGGAGAGAUUGCGAGUCCGCCCCCUUCCGUGGUUUCCCACGACCCGCUGGGCUUGCUCUUGCCGGCACGAAAGAAUGACCACAGUGUGUACGGCAAAAGGCGGAAGAUGGUUUCGGAUGGCCUGUGUUCGGAUACACGGGGCUCGGACGAGUCAUAA